AUGAAUUCUUUACCAAGUCUGGAUUCUUGGCUUCAAGUAACAUCAAAUCUAAGUGAUUUACAGUUUGGAAGUUCGUUUUUCGAACAUCGAAAACACGAUACUAAAGUGGAUAAUAUAUUGAGACAAAUAAGGAGUAAUUUACCGAUUCCAGUAACAACUGAUUCGUUGAAAAAUUUCUCACAAAUGAUUUACUUGAGUCAGAUAAAUCAAGCGAUGACGUUGAAAAGCAUCAGUGAUGUGUGUCGAUUACAUUCAUCAAUCGAGAUGAUCGACCCAAAAACGAGUCAGGGGCAUACAAUGGGUUUGAUGUAUUGGCAAAUAGGUGAUUUUUGGCAAGCACCAACAUCGUCUACAGUCGAAUACGAAUUAAAAUGGAAAAUGGCUCAUUAUUAUGUUCAAAAUAUGUAUGAAUUUGUUUAUCCACUAAUUGUUCUUCAACCCUAUUUAGCGAAUAUUACGGAUGAAAAAGCACAACUUUCAUUUUAUGUUGUUAAUGAGCUGUUCACUGGUGUAAAAGGUCAAUUAAUGUGUUCAUUGGUACCAGUAGAUCAAUUCUCUGUUCGAUUAUCAUUUAAAUUUGAUGUUUCGAUUGAUUUUCCAACCGUUCGACACGUCAUUGACCUGCCGUAUUCAGCAAUUAUGAGAACUGCUGGUUGUUUGAAUAAUAGUCAAUGUGUUCUUCAUUGUCAUUUAAAUAAUAACAAAAAAUUCAUUGAACAAACUUUAUUUUUGACUCAACCAAAGAAUUAUGAACUUUCUCAACCAAAUCUUCGAAUCGAAAAACUUGAACAAAUCACUUCAACGGAUGUGAGCAUCACACUAACAGCAACAAAUCCUGCUUUAUUCGUUUGGCUUGAUGUUCCUUUGAAUAUCAGUGGAUAUUUUUCUCAAAAUGGAUUCCAUAUGUUUCAAUCAAUGAAAUUCAUUACUUUUCAUUCAUGGGUACCAAUGAUCAAUUUGGACAAAACUGAUUUUGACCUUCGUAUUACUUCAUUAUUCGAUACAACACAAUCGUGA